UCCAUUCAUAACCUUCCUUCUUUGAUAAAAGAGGAAAGAGUCAGAGAAACAAAGGAACAAGAAAAUGGCAAGUAACACCCAAGCUCAAAACGGAGAGCAAGGCAGGCAUCAAGAAGUUGGCCACAAAAGCCUUCUCCAAAGUGAUGCUCUCUAUCAGUACAUACUUGACACAAGCGUGUACCCUCGUGAGCCUGAACCCAUGAAAGAGUUGCGUGAAAUCACUGCUAAACAUCCAUGGAAUUUAAUGACAACGUCAGCGGACGAGGGACAGUUCUUGACGAUGUUGUUGAAGUUAAUCAAUGCAAAGAACACAAUGGAGAUUGGAGUUUACACUGGUUAUUCUCUUCUUGCUACUGCCCUUGCUCUUCCGGAUGAUGGCAAAAUAUUGGCAAUGGAUAUUAACAGGGAGAACUAUGAGCUUGGGUUGCCUGUGAUUCAAAAGGCAGGGUUGGCACACAAGAUUGACUUCCGUGAAGGCCCUGCUUUGCCAGUUCUUGAUCAAAUGAUUGAAGAUGGGAAAUACCAUGGAACAUUUGAUUUUGUAUUUGUGGACGCUGAUAAAGAUAACUACCUCAACUAUCACAAGCGGUUGGUGGAGUUGGUGAAGGUGGGUGGAGUGAUUGGGUAUGAUAACACAUUGUGGAAUGGGUCAGUGGUGGCCCCACCUGAUGCACCACUUCGCAAGUAUGUGCGUUACUACCGUGACUUUGUGUUGGAGCUUAACAAAGCUCUUGCCGCUGAUCCUCGCAUUGAGAUUUGCCAACUUCCCGUUGGAGAUGGUAUCACACUUUGCCGCAGGAUCAUAUAAUGUGUCCUCUUUUUUUGCCAUUCUAUGUAUCUUUGUGUUACUCUGUUGUUUUGGAGAGAGAGUGUAUGAUGUUCUUCUCCUAAUUUGCUUAAUUUCCUCCUAUGCUCUGUUGUCAUAUUGUUAUUAUUGAAUGUCUAUUAACUUUUUUGUUA